UCGAUGCGGAUCCAGAUCUGUACUCCACUACUUCUGUCUGACACGUCCAACAUGGCGGCCUCCGCGGCUUCACGUGAAGUGUUCAGAGAAGGAGUGAGAGCAGUGUUACACACCUGGCCGGUCCUCCAGAUCGCCGUGGACAACGGAUUUGGAGGCGUGUACGGUCAGCAGAAAGCUGACUGGUUGGUGGAUGUGGUCCAGCAGUAUUUCCAUGACAACGCUGAUCUGGACCAGUACGAGGUGGAGGAUUACAUCUCUGGGCUGAUGGAUCAGGAGUUCGACACCGUGGUGGAUGAUGGGAGUUUACCUCAGGUGUCGCUGACUCUGAUGCAGAUGUUCGCUCUGUGGCAGCAGGGGGCGCUGCAGCAGCUCCAAACCAACAUCAGCAAACUGACACAGAACACGCAGAGGGCAAAGGUCACGGCGGCGCCAAGCAACUCCGACCAGGACAGCGAUGGCGGCGACGCAGAGGGGAUGGAGUGUGAGACGUCCAGUCCAUCGGUCAGCAGGACACAAGCCCCCCCUCCUCCUCCUCCUCAGGAUGAAGACGAUGGGUGGACGGUGGUGCGGAGGAAGAAGUGAAGACGAUGAACUGUGCAGCCUGGAGGAGCUGACCUUUGACCUUUGACCUUCAGCAUGGGACACACAGACUGUUGGACAUUUGUCCUCAUGUUGGUCUCUGGGACGUCCUGGUCGAACCUCUGUGAAGGUUUAACCCUGGGAUGUGGACUUGAAGGGAGGGGAGCGUGACCUUUGACCCCAGAUUAAAUGACCUUCAUGGUGUUUUUUAAAUAACUGUGUUUAAACGUCAACUCCUGUAGGUUUGAUCCCAUCAGACUUUUACUGAGUCAGUGACAGGAACAGGAUCCCUGUUCGCUUAUUUAAACACCUCACGGUUGAUACGUUCUGUUUGAAUUAGACAUUUUUAGAACUAUUUGUAAAUGUGCAGUUGAAGUUUUACUAAUGCUUCAAACUGUCCAAAUAAAAGAUUACCAGAUAUGUUU